ACCAAACGCGCCUUAUUUUUCAAGUUUUUAAGACGUAAUGGAAGAUGGAAAUACAUUUGUCGACUCGAUGUGUUUUGGUGAAUUUGACAGAAGUGUCAAACGAAUAGCGUAAAAAUCCCACUUCUUUGUGGAGAACUGUGGUACCCACAAUCCAAAGCGGCAUUUCACUUCCGGGUCAGACUGAAGCGCCCUGUCAAAGAGGUGAAAGAAGCAAGUUUAGCUAAAUGUUUCGUUUAUUCUGUGCUUACAAGAUCGGGAAGCAAACUAGAGUCAAUGUAUGUGGCUGUAGCGCUUGUCGAGAGCUGUGAUGCCCCUGGAGGUCAGAUGGCCGUUCCCACAAUGCCCCUCGUUGGCCUGGAGGGUCUCCAGCUCGCUGGUCAUGGGCAUGGUGGGCUCCUACUCCUACUUUUGGACCAAGUACAUGAACUCCUUGACGGUCCAUAACCGGGAGGUUCUGUUAGAGCUGAUUGACCGGCGGCCUGCGGACACGCCCCUGAUCACGCUGUCCAAUCACCAGUCUUGCAUGGACGACCCUCACAUCUGGGGUGUCCUGAAGCUGAGACACUUGUGGACUUUUAACAAGAUGCGAUGGACCCCCGCAGCGUCGGACAUCUGCUUCACGAGAGAAUUGCACUCUCGCUUCUUCAGCAGAGGGAAGUGCGUUCCUGUCUGCAGAGGGGACGGCGUUUACCAGAAGGGCAUGGAUUUUGUCCUGGAGAAACUGAACAGAGGGGAGUGGGUGCACAUUUUCCCAGAAGCAUUGUUUUUGAAUUUACCAGGUAAAAUCAACGCGACUGAAGACUUCCUCAGGUUAAAAUGGGGUGUUGGACGCCUCAUAGCGGAGUGCAGGCUGCAUCCUGUCAUCCUGCCAAUGUGGCAUGUGGGUUUGAGCGACGUCCUUCCCAACAUGGCUCCCUACAUUCCUCAAAUCGGCAAGAGAAUCACCGUCCUGGUGGGGAAACCUUUCAGCGUGAAAGACCUGGCAGAAAACCUCCGAGCUGAGAAGAAAAGCCAGUUGUCCUUUCAGGUGGAAACAAGGAAGACCUUGACUGACUUCAUCCAGGUGGAAUUCCAGAGCCUUAAAGUCCGAGCCGAGUCGCUCCACUACCAGAACCAGCUCGAGUCCUGAACCGAGGAAACUCUUUUAAAGUUGGAAAUGACAACUUUUUUUAUUCCAGAAGGACCUGAAAGAACUGAACUCUGCUCUAGGAGCCAUGCUGCUUGUGAGCCAGUACCGUGUCUUGUCCUGGUGGACUCAUGCACUACUCCGAGUGUGUCCAAAGUGCGGCACAGGGGCCAUUUUGUUUUAAUUGUCCUUUCAGUGUAUUCUAAAAUACAGUUAUUGAUUUAUAAAAACAUCACACCCAUCCCACGCCCCAACUUCUGUACCAUUCAGUUUUGAACAAAAACAUUUGCCAAAAUUGUGCCCUGAUUUGGCACUUGCAACUUUUUUUGGCCCCCUCGUGGCCUACUUUGCAGUCCUCAAUAAAAUAAAAAAAAAGUACAAGGACUGUUUUUUUGUUUUUUUCGGCACUCAAAUUUAAACUGCUCAAUGUUUGGUCACACAAUAACUGUAGCUAUAAAAAAAGACAAGUCCAAAAUUCUUGCCUAAAAUUUAUGUCAAUGAUGUUGCCUAAAAACAAUUUUGUGUUGUAAUUUUUCAUGACAAAAAUAGUUUUUCAGCAAAACUCAGGCUCACAUUUUUUCAAAAAUUCGAAAUUUUCAGCAAAAAAAAUUUAGUAAAAAGUUUUGCAAACAUUUUCGGUAAAAGAUUUUGUGAAAAAUGUAAUCCAAAAAUUGGUGCGUACUUUCAUUGAAAAUGAGUCGGACAUUUUUGUCAAAGAUUUGGCAAACAUUUGUCAAAAAAUUUGACAGAUAUUUGUGCCGAAAAUGUUCUGCAAAAAUGUGGCUAACAUUUUUGUCAGAAAUGUGGUGUAAUUUUUCAUUAAAAAGUGAAAGUUCUUUAGCAAAGAUUGGGCUAACAUUUUGUAAAAAUUUUCUGCAAAAAAAUCUGGCAGACAAUUUUGUCAAAAAUAUGGCGAACAAUUUCGUCAGAAAUUAUUUGGACAUUUUUGUAUAAAACAUUUUGAGGUAUAAAAAAAGACGGGUCAAAAAUGUUCACCUAAAAUUAAUGUGAAAAAUGUUGCCUAAAAACUAUUUUGUCAACCGUAUUGUAAUUUUUCAUUUAAAAAAAAGUUUUUCAGCAAAACUUAGUCUCACUUUUUUUUUUUUUAUUCGAAAUUUUCAGUUAAAAAAAAUUUGGCAGAUAAUUUCGUAAGAAGUUUUGCAACUAU